AUGGUUUCGGACGCGAGCAAGAAGAAGGCCGCGGCGAAGAAGGCGGCGGCGGCGGCGAAGAGGGGGGGGAAGUCGUCGGCGGCGGCGUCGUCGUCGUCGUCGAGGGCCGCCGCGGAGGCGCAGAAUGGGGCGGCGGAGAAGCUCGCCGACGGUGUCGGAUCGCUCCACCUAUCGGAUCGGACGUGCACCGGAGUUCUCGCAUCUCAUCCCCUCUCCAGAGAUAUCCAUAUAGAGUCUUUAUCAUUAACUUUUCACGGGCAUGACCUUAUAGUAGAUUCUGAACUGGAGCUCAACUAUGGAAGACGAUAUGGUCUUCUUGGCUUGAAUGGCUGUGGGAAGUCUACACUUCUUACAGCAAUAGGAUGUAGAGAGCUCCCGAUCCCUGAACAUAUGGAUAUUUAUCACCUCACCCGAGAGAUUGAAGCUUCAGACAUGACGGCUCUAGAAGCAGUCAUCAAUUGUGAUGAAGAAAGGAUGAAGCUAGAGAAAGAAGCUGAGAUUUUGGCCGCUGAGGACGGUGGCGGUGGAGAAACUUUGGAACGAAUUUAUGAGCGGUUGGAGGCAAUUGACGCAGCAACUGCUGAGAAGCGUGCAGCUGAAAUCUUGUACGGAUUAGGUUUUAAUAAACAGAUGCAAGCAAAGAAAACUCGAGACUUCUCUGGUGGUUGGCGGAUGAGGAUUGCUUUAGCUAGAGCUCUAUUUAUGAACCCUACUAUCCUUUUGCUCGAUGAGCCUACAAACCAUCUUGAUCUUGAAGCAUGUGUUUGGCUGGAGGAGAUGCUAAAGAAGUUUGACCGCAUCCUUGUGGUAAUCUCGCACUCACAGGACUUUCUCAAUGGCGUGUGCACGAACAUCAUCCACAUGCAGAACAAGAAGCUCAAGCUCUACACUGGCAACUACGACCAGUAUGUCCAGACCCGAUCUGAACUCGAAGAGAACCAAAUGAAGCAGUACAAGUGGGAGCAGGAGCAGAUAUCCUCCAUGAAGGAGUACAUAGCCCGCUUUGGCCAUGGGUCUGCCAAGCUGGCACGCCAGGCCCAGAGCAAGGAGAAGACCCUUGCCAAGAUGGAGCGCGGUGGACUCACUGAAAGGGUCGUAAAAGACAAGGUAUUAGUCUUCCGCUUCACUGAUGUAGGGAAACUUCCCCCGCCUGUUCUCCAGUUCGUCGAAGUUACCUUUGGGUACACACCAGAUAAUCUCAUAUACAAGAACCUUGACUUCGGGGUCGAUCUCGAUUCAAGGAUCGCAUUGGUGGGCCCUAAUGGGGCAGGAAAAAGCACUUUGCUAAAGCUUAUGACUGGCGACCUGGUUCCCUUGGAUGGUAUGGUCCGACGGCAUAAUCACCUUAGGAUCGCGCAGUUCCAUCAACACUUGGCGGAGAAGCUCGAUCUCGAAAUGUCAGCUCUGUUGUACAUGAUGAGGGAAUACCCUGGAAAUGAAGAGGAGAGGAUGCGGGCUGCGAUUGGGAAGUUUGGGCUUUCAGGAAAAGCCCAAAUUAUGCCGAUGAAGAACUUAUCGGACGGGCAGAGGAGUCGGGUUAUUUUUGCGUGGCUCGCGUGGAGGCAGCCGCACCUACUGCUGCUUGACGAGCCGACGAACCAUCUUGAUAUUGAGACGAUCGAUUCGCUCGCGGAAGCAUUGAACGAGUGGGAUGGUGGUCUGGUGUUGGUGAGCCACGAUUUCAGGUUGAUCAAUCAGGUGGCGCAGGAGAUUUGGGUGUGCGAGAAUCAAGCUGUGACAAGGUGGGAGGGAGAUAUCAUGGAAUUCAAGGAGCAUCUGAGGAGCAAGGCUGGGUUGUCUGAAUGAGUUUCUUUUAAAUUUUUUUUUAACAUAUAGUUUUAGCCUGAAUCGAAGUAGAAUGGCCUUGAGUUAUCUUGAGAAAGACAUAUUGCUACCACUGUUUAUGUUGCUUUUGACAGUAUUUGUUACACCUUGCUUUCUAUUACCGACAGGAGAGGAGGGCUCACAUUUAUCAAGGCCUCCUGCGUCUUGGUUGAUACUCUGUACUCUUUAUUUACCUAUUUAUUUGAGCUUUAAACUUAUUUA